AUGGCUCACGGACAUCAUGGACAUGGCGUCAAGGGACAUGCGUUCGCCACCGAAUUCUUCAAUCCAGCGACUCCAGUGUCAGUGCCAGUGCGCGGAUUUCAACAAGGCGCUCGUCUUCGCCUCGUGAUGAUCCCCACCGGCGUUGGACGCUUUGUGAUCAAUCUCAAGCGGCCAGGAGACAUAGCCCUUCACUAUAAUCCACGUUUUGAUGAGAAAGCAGUUGUCCGCAAUAGUACCCUGCGGGGUGGAUGGCAAUCCGAGGAGAGAUCGUGCGAGCCUUUCCCAUUUCAUGCGAAUCGCAUCUACACUCUUGAGUUCGUUGCUGAGCCGGGAGCGGUUGCGGUAUUCAUCAAUGGACAACAUCAUUGCCGUUUCAACGAAAGAGGCAGUCACCAUGACAUAAACGAGAUCGAGGUUGGUGGAAACGUGCACAUUCACUCCGUACAUUUAACUAGC